CACAUUGAGAUUCACACUAUUUUAUGACAUUAUUAUUGUUGACUUAGAAUAUGGCGCCAAAUGUUUACAAAAUAUUUUGUCACAAAAUCGGCGCAAAUCUCGUAUUGAAGUGUCGUUUGAAUCAAACAGAAGAUACCAUUCAUUCAGUUUUUGUUAACAUUUGUCGUCAGUUUUCAAGAGAUUACACAAUGAAUACAUCGAUGAAAGAGUCAGUCAGUAAACUCAGAUUUGCCCGAUUGUCGGACAACGCCUUUGUUCCGACCCGUGGCUCGGAAAGAGCGGCCGGUUAUGAUCUGUACGCUGCAUACGAUGCUGUUGUCCCGAAACGCGGCAAACAAAUGGUGAAGACCGAUAUUCAAGUGGCCAUUCCUAGUGGUUGUUACGGUCGCGUAGCGCCCCGUUCGGGCCUCGCUUGGAAAAACUCGAUCGAUGUCGGCGCCGGUGUUGUCGACGAAGACUAUCGCGGAAAUGUUUGCGUCAUUUUGUUUAACUUUGGCGACGAAGACUUUGUGAUUACAAAAGGCGACCGAAUCGCUCAAUUGAUAUGCGAACGGAUAGCGGCCACCGAACUCAUAGAGGAGACCACUUUGGACACCACUGCACGACAAGAGGGAGGUUUCGGCUCCACUGGUGUCUCGUUGGCCGCACUGAAGUCGCCACAAAAAGUGUGUUAAAUUUAAAAAUAAAUCUCUGAAUGAAGUAAUCGUUUUUUAAUUAAAUUUGAU